GGGAGGGAGGUGCGGCGGGCGGAGGUGGGAGCGCAGCCGGGCAGGGGAGGGCUGUCCCGGCUGCUCCCGGGAGCUGCUGCUGGGCGGGACGGAGCUCAGCGCUCCCCUCAGGAAGUUAUUUUAGAACGAAAGAAUACAUCUGAGAAACAAGAUGUCUCCUGCUGGGAGUCAGUACCAAGAUAAGCAAUACAGGCACCAUGAGAACCAUAGAUCCGACAGAUACAAAGAAGACAGAAGAGCGAGAAAACCAUACCAAUACAAUGCAAGAUCAACAGAAGACAUUCGAGGUGGCCAGCACUCAAGAACUUCUACUGUUUGCUCAGACCGUUAUUCUAAAACCUCAGGAGCAACACGGGAGUAUUUUGACCCACAACCAGAGUUUUAUCCUCCCAAGGAAACCUUCUCAAUGAAGUGUUCAAAGGUAUGCACAACAAGAGGCAUUUUGAAGUUUGUGGAAAUCACGGUUAACCUCCUGGUGUUGAUUUGUGUGGGAGCUUCCCAAGCCUCUAUUGCAGGCUUCACAUCCCUUGGAGGCUUUGGAUCCUUUAGCCUGAAUUCAGCCUAUAGCCCCUUUGAGGGCACAGAGCUCCAGGAGGUGAGGGAGCUGGACAUGCAGAUCACCCAGAUGAGAGCUCCUUGUGUGUAUGGCGGCGUAGCCUUCAGCUUAACAGCAGCAGUACUUACCCUUGUCUUCCUUGUCGUGGGGGCAAAGCCCAUCCAGCAGCUCAAGACAGGGCUGCUGGUAGGUGAGUGUGCCUUCAACCUGCUGGCUGGCACAGCGUACGUUGUGGCAGUGGGCCUCUACCUGCAUUUUGUCAGCCAGGUGAACUCCACAGAAGUUUGCAAGAGGCGUGAGAGGCUGUACGCGCGCCGCGGCUACACCUCCAUGAACUGCGUGGUCCAGGGCGGUGAUGCAGCCGUGGGCCUUUUCGGUGCCGUUGCCUCCUGCUUGUACUUUGCCAGCUUUGUGGUCUGCAUCCGUGCUGUCCGAACUGUCAGAGCCUUCCAGAGCCAUGUGGCCAAGGCUCAGCACAGCCCCAAAGUCAGUGUUAAGGACAGAAACAUCAGAAACCACCAUGCUGUUCACAGGACCUCUGAAAGCUCCCACAACAUCCAGGCUCUCGCCACGUUAGUGUGAAGUCAGCUCUGGGACUGUGCCAGAGAGCUGGGGCUUCAGCCAGGGAGGGACAUGGCAAACAGGAGACCAGCCCACAAUGUAUCUCCCUACAAGGUGCUGAAGCAUGUACAGAAUCACCAAAUGUAACUACACAGCUAUAACAUGAUGUAAUAAAAUUGACAUUGAGUGA